CCGAGGCUGUGUGGGCGCCAUGUCGGGCCGCAAGGGUGGCAAGAAGAAGCCCCUGAAGCAGCCCAAGAAGCAGGCCAAGGAGAUGGACGAGGAGGACAGAGCGUUCAAACAGAAGCAAAAGGAGGAGCAGAAGAAACUCGAGGAGCUGAAAACGAAGGCCGCGGGGAAGGGGCCCCUGGGUAAGUGCGCGCCCGGCAGGACGGCGGCCCCGCGGAGCUGGGGUCCGGGUGUGCGGAGGCCCAGGCAGCCUGGGGCGCUCCCUGUGCGGAAGCUGCAGAAAUUCGCCCCUCACAUUCUG